AUGAGCCAAAGGGACACACUGGUUCAUUUGUUCGCCGGGGGAUGUGGGGGCACAGUGGGGGCCAUUUUGACGUGUCCUCUAGAAGUGGUGAAGACCAGACUGCAGUCCUCCUCCGUCACAUUUUACAUCUCUGAAGUCCAACUCAGCACCGUAAACGGAGCUAGCGUCGCACGUGUCGCCCCGCCAGGGCUUUUGCACUGUCUCAAGCUAAUCUUCGAAAGAGAAGGCCCGCGCUCACUAUUUAGAGGACUAGGACCCAACCUUGUGGGCGUGGCCCCCUCCAGGGCGAUCUACUUUGCUGCCUAUUCAACAGCCAAGGAGAAGCUAAAUGGCGUGCUGGAGCCAGACUCCACCCAGGUGCACAUGGUGUCUGCUGGGAUGGCAGGCUUCACCGCCAUAACAGCCACCAACCCCAUAUGGCUGAUAAAAACCCGCAUGCAGCUCGACUCCAGGAACUGGGGUGAACGCCGCAUGAACGCGUUCGACUGUGUUCGGCGGGUGUACCAGAUGGACGGCUUGCGCGGUUUUUAUAAGGGCAUGUCGGCGUCCUACGCCGGCAUUUCCGAGACGGUCAUCCAUUUUGUCAUCUACGAAAGCAUCAAACAGAGGCUGCUGCAGUCACGGGCCCAAACUAGCAUGGAGGGCGAGGAGGAAUCGGUCAAGGACGCCUAUGACUUUGUGGGCAUGAUGCUCGCCGCCGCCACUUCCAAGACCUGCGCUAGCACCAUUGCGUACCCGCACGAGGUCAUCCGCACAAGGCUACGAGAAGAAGGCAGCAAGUACCGCUCUUUCUUCCAAACUCUACUGACCGUCCCGAGAGAAGAAGGAUACCGGGCGCUGUACCGCGGCCUCACCACGCACCUGGUCAGACAGAUUCCCAACACGGCCAUCAUGAUGUGCACCUACGAAGUGGUCGUCUACCUGUUGGGCCGCUAG